CCUCCGUAUGACGUGCGUCGUCUGCCUAUGAUUACGCGGGUGGCGCGCGGGUACCGGAGAGGAACAUGGCGGAGUAUCUGGCGUCCAUCUUCGGCACCGAAAAGGACAAGGUUAACUGCUCAUUUUACUUUAAGAUUGGAGCAUGUCGCCAUGGAGACCGAUGCUCCCGGCUUCACAACAAACCCACCUUCAGUCAGACUAUCGCUCUGCUGAACAUUUAUCGGAACCCACAGAACUCCUCCCAGUCAGCAGAUGGACUCCGAUGUGCCGUGAGUGAUGUGGAGAUGCAGGAACAUUAUGACGAGUUCUUUGAGGAGGUAUUUACAGAGAUGGAGGAGAAGUAUGGGGAGAUAGAGGAAAUGAACGUCUGUGAUAACUUGGGAGACCAUCUAGUGGGAAACGUCUAUGUCAAGUUCCGCCGAGAGGAAGAUGCUGAAAAGGCUGUGAAGGAUCUGAACAACCGCUGGUUUAAUGGGCAGCCAAUCCAUGCCGAGCUGUCUCCCGUCACUGACUUUAGGGAGGCUUGCUGCCGCCAAUACGAGAUGGGGGAGUGCACGCGUGGGGGGUUCUGCAACUUCAUGCACCUCAAACCAAUCUCUCGAGAGCUACGCAGGGAGUUGUACGGACGCCGAAGGAAGAAGCACCGUUCUCGCUCCAGAUCACGGGAACGUCGCUCUCGAUCCAGGGACCGUGGUAGAGGAGGUUUUGGAGGAGGGGGUGGUGGUGGAGCAGGAGGAGGCGGCGGCGGCAGGGACCGGGACCGGCGAAGAUCAAGAGACCGCGAGAGGUCGGGUCGUUUCUGAGCUGGAGUUUUUAAUUGUGUCCUAGGAGGUUCCAGGGGCUUCCCUUGGAUAUUUUGGGACUCGGCAGUUGUGAAAGGGGGGGGGGUAAUAGGGCUUUUUCUUUGUAUUUGCUUUUUGUUUUGUUUUUUUAAGCUGGGCUUCUGAUUAAACAUUUGUAGUGAUCCAGUAUCUGGGGUAAUUCCUGGUGUUUGUGGGAUGGCUGAAUAUUUGCCCUGUUGGGAAGCUCACAGGCCUUGCUUUCUCAAUGGCCAGUUUUCUGCCUGUUUGGGGUGUCGGGUAAGUAAAAGUAGUCAGUAGGCGGUGCCUAACUUUUGGCACCCCCUAUUCCUUCUUCUUUAAACACACCAGUUGUGCUGCAGGGCAACACUACAUUAUAUUGGCAUUAAUUUAAUUGUUUUGCCUUUACUGUUUAAGUGAUCAGCCUUUAAUCUCUUGCUUGAGACCCUGAGCAAGUGAAUUAAUCUCCUGGUGUGUCAGCCUGCUUAGUUUAGUGCUCUCCCAUGGCACAAUCAACAGAAAUUGUCACAACUAAAAGAAUGUGCAUUCCUCCAUGCAGAAAUAAAAGCAGCAGUAAAGUG